AUAAGGGGCUAAGCAUGAAAUUAACCCAUUAAUUUCCCAAUUCAUUCUUUUAAAAAGCUGAAGAGGCUGCAGGGAGCGGAGCAACACCGGUGGAGUUUGUAAAGCCAAAGACUAUCCUUCCUUUCGCUAAUUAACAGUCCACUAUUCGACGAUGGCGCUGUUCUCCGGCGGCUAUCUCUUUGUUCUUUCUAAUUAUCGGCAAACGACUAGCUUCAAAAACCCCCAUUCCCAUCUUUAUUCAAAACACCUUCGCAGCUUAAACUUGGAUUUUGCUUUCCACCAGAAAGCCAGAAUUAGUAAUACUAUUGAGAGUGGCAACACCAAAAACUGCGCCGCGCCGGUAGCCGACAUGAAUGGCUUCCAACUGCGCUGCCACCUUCAAUCUGAUUUGCCUCAUGAUACCGUCUCUAAAUAUCAAGUUUUGCAAACAACGCCCUCGUUGUCUUCAACGCCAUUUUCAGAUUCAGGAGGUUGUAAUGAGCCUAGCCUUCGUGUUGCACAUCAGGGAAUUCGUGGGGCAUAUAGUGAAUCAGCUGCAGAGAAAGCGUAUCCCAAUUGUGAAACUAUUGCUUGCCAGCAUUUCCAUUCAACUUUUCAAGCAGUUGCAAGGCGGGUUGCAGACAGGGCAGUAAUACCGAUAGAGAAUUCAUUAGGAGGAAGCAUCCAUGGAAACUACGACCUGUUGCUUCGCCACAGUCUGCAUAUAAUUGGUGAAAUUCGGUUUGCUGUUUCCCAUUGCUUGCUUGCCAACAAUGGCGUUGACCUUCAUGAUUUGAAAACCGUUCUUAGCCAUCCUCAAGCACUUGCUCAAUGUGAGAAGAGCUUGACGAAGUUGGGAUUGGAGGGAGAAGCAGUGGCUAAUACUGCAGUUGCAGCAAAGAAAGUGGCUGCCGAAAAGCUAAGAGACACAGGAGCCUUGGCUAGUUCAUCUGCUGCGCUUCUUUAUGGGCUCAACAUUCUUGCCUCAAAUGUUCAGGACGAUAGCAACAACGUAACUCGAUUUCUGUUGCUAGCCAGGGAACCCCUUACUCCUGCCACAGAUACGCCCUUCAAGACAAGUAUCGUUUUCACAUUAAAGGACGGUUCUUCUGCGCUUCCUGAUGCACUUUCUGUUUUUAUCUCGAAUCAAAUCAAACUUUUAAAGAUUGAAAGUCGUCCAUUGAAGAACCAACCUUUGCUAGCAUCAAAGAAUACCAGUAAAAGCAAUGGAUACUUCAAUUACUUUUUCUACGCGGACGUUGAAGCGUCAAUGUCUGAUCAAACGACACAAACUGCUCUCAAACAUCUCAAGGAGCUUUCCACAUUUUUACGGGUUCUAGGUAGCUAUCCAAUGGGGAAGUUUCUGCAGUGUUUGAACUUUGAACCUUAAAUGGCAAGGGAACAACAUAACUUCUGAACUUUCAACAACCAUCCAACACUAUCAUCAUGACAGCUGAAUAUAAGGAAAACCUUCAAAGGGAAAACUUUUCAGAGAAGAUCAACUUAUUUCGAAUAAUUCGAUUCAAUACCAGCAAUGUAUUAGGCUUUGAGGGAUGCACCUGCUUUCACAAGAUCUUCUAGUGCCUUCAAUAUCUGUGGUUCAGUCAAACCUUCCAAGCGAAUGCCCCUCUCAACACCCAUAUCUACAUUUAAAUCAAAUUGGAUCCAAUAGAUUGAUACCACAAAUGUAUUUAUGUUCAGACAGUUCAGGCAAAGAACAAAGCAUGGGGAAGACAAUGAGCUCAGUGUCGCCCAUUAUACUACCUAAGGUAGCUAGCAAGGAUCUUGCAUGGACACAAAUGUAAUUUGUGAUAAAAAAAGUGCGAAGGAAGAUAGACUUCCCACACAGAUCCCAUGAUCAUUCAUAUAAUAAAACAUGGUAAACAACGAAACAAAAGUCUAUCCUUAGGGAAAUGAAUAACGGUGAACCUAAAUGCUUCCCUUGACUAGUA